GUGGGUUCCUCACAAACUUCAUUUAUCGAGUUGCUACAGCAGAAGAUAGAUGGCAUACUUCAAAAGCGGGAUUUAUAAAUUGCUUCGGCACAAAAUAAGAAACGCAAAGCAGCUGGCUGGAAGGAUAGAUGAGAGAAGAAGAGAGGCUAGAAGAGUACUCGCUCGCAUCAGAGUAUUGAUAGAUAUCAUAUUUCCUCGGCGAAAAGUCCUUCAUUACCCCUUUUCACUUACCUGCACCAGCAAUUUAUAGUUACAGAAUAUUUUGAGCAAGGUAAACACUUUUCAGACAAGCUGGAGAAGAUGUACAGUACCCACAAAGUUGGAGCUCCCCAGAAAUUUCUGGAAAAAUUCCCAAAUACUCCUCAAGUAUCAGCGAACUCAACAAAACAAACCGCUUACCAAACGGACAAGCACAGACCUCAGAAGAAAUUCGAACAGUAACAGGACCUGCGAAUAGCUACAGUACCCAAAAAUUGGGGGAAUAUUGAAAACUUACUCAAAUCUGAUGAAACAGGUGCCAAUAGGUUCGUCAAGUCCAGAUGGUUCCAAUUCUAGCUUCAGAAACGAGAUUGAACAGCAGAAAUUGAAGGAAUCUGAGGUCAACGGUCUGUCGUGAACAGUGCUGCACCUCAACGGAUCUUUCUGGACUCCGGUACGGCGGCGUUCUGGUGGUCGGAAAAGAGGUCCUGGAGGUUCGCCAGAGGCUGGCGACCCCCAAGCUAUCUUCUUCUUCCACAAACAACCGUCGAGUUGCUGGAUUCAACCAAAGUUUCUAAAUCGGGAAAGUACAGUAAACAAACGACCUGGGGCUUCAAAAAAACGGCGAUUCUCACUCCAGAAAACAAUAUCUUUCAAAACCAAUCGGUAGGGAUGAAAGAUUUGUAGUUUCCGAGCUGUAGAAUCGCAGAUUUGGGAGGUUUAAUUCGUUAAAGUAGUUCGUGGGAGAGCAGGGGAGUAACGAGCCAGCUAAAAAAAUUCGCCGAAGCGUAACUUUUUUAGAGAGAAGGACGAGCGUUUCUCUACGCGUUUUUUAAUUCUUUAAUUAUGAUUUUGAUACAAAGCUAAAAACAAGAAAUGUAGCUUAUAAAAUCUUAAUUGUUUCCGUUUUAGCGCGUUCUUGACUUUCCAAUACAGGCGCAUUUACCAGAGGCACAGACGCACUAAGCGGGUCUGUUUGUGGACGUUGAGUUGAAAUGGGCGGCGUAGGAAGACCGGAGGUGGUUAGCAGCAAAGGGUGUUCAAGGGCGUCUGUCGACAUCUCUUCUUCAUCCAGGGGACUGCAAUCUCAUCCUUUAAAGCCACAGUUGACCAUGCAUCCGUCUUCUGCUAGCACUGAUGUAAUAGAAUCUAGGGAAGAAGCUAGCUCAGUUGGCCCACUUUCUGGGCUUAUCAUCUGCGUAACGGGAUUGUCAAAAGAAGCCAGGAUGCAAGUGAUGAAAGCAACAGAGGAGUUGGGUGGGAAAUAUAGCCCACAUUUGCAUUCUCAGUGUACCCAUUUGGUGGUUCAAGAUUUCAUGGCCACAAAUUUGAGCAUGCCCUGAAACAUGGAUCCAGAAAUGGUCUUUCGAUUGUUACCCUGAGUUGGUUUGUGGAUUGUGUGAAAAACAAUGAAAGGUUGAGUGAAUCUCGUUACAGUGUCAAAGUUGCUGGAGAAGGUGUUUCUUUGGAUGUUUUCAACCGACUUAUCGAGAAGGAUGACAUUCAGGCUUCUUGUAUUCCUUUGGGAACAUUUGAGCGUCUUAGGAAGUCAGACGUGAUUGAAGAGCCACAACCAAAUAUUUUAGAAAGAGAAUAUGUGAAAAGAACGAUAAGAUCUCCUUUGUCUGGUUAUUCAUUGUAUGUAGAUAUUGGUGUGUCUGAUGAACUACGUAGCAAGACUCAUCUUACUCCAUUCGGUGCUACACUUAGGUUGUCGAGGCUGCUUCUGCGCAAGGGGCUGCUUUGGUAGAUCAGUGGUUUGUCGGUUGUGGUGCCACUCACAUAGUCUGUGAAGGAAAUUCUAUUCAUAAAUAUCUUGGUCAUUCUGCAAAUAUUGUUACUCCAUUAUGGAUUCUGAAGACCGUAAAGGAAAAGCAACCGCAAAGGCUUGUUCACAUAUCAGCUGAUCUAGCUAAGCAAACUGGAACAUUGAUGGAGGAUAUUCAAUCUGGCAUUCAUAAAGAGGAAAUGAAGAUGAAUGUGGAUUUGCGGGUUGAUGCACCAAGUUCUACACCUAGAAUAAGUCAUGAUGUGAGGCAAAAGAUAGUGAACCUUGCUAAAGAUGGAGUAAGGAAGAGAAGGGGGAAACAUGUGCAGACAUUUCAAACCCCUAUGCGUCCAAUAACACCAAGUAGUCUUCUGGAUUCGAUUUGCUGGUCAAUAUCUGAGCCAACUUCAACUGCCUCUAUAUAUGUAGAUUCUUCUAGUUUUGAAGCCCCUAAACUGCAGAACACAUGUUUCUCCUACGACGGUAAUGAGGAUGUGAAGGAAUCUGAAUUUUCAUUUGUGAACUUAUCCCGGCCACUUAAGGAAAGUGAGAUAUCCGAAACAGUAUUGAAGAGCAACUUUCUCACAAUUCUGUUCCCAAUUGAUCGCUUUUCAGAAAUAGGUCCUUGUUCAAGAACAUAUUUCAGUGAUAGCGGCUUUAAGUGCCUGCAGGUCUUGGAUUAUAUAUAUGCCUUUUACCAGGAAGAUAUGUCUGUACAAGAUAUAGAGCUAGCCAUUCACACGGACUCCAGACAUGCUGAUCAGCUGCGCUCUGUGUAUUGCAGCCAUGAAACCACAGAGCGUGGUUACGUGGAAUUUAAACGGGUCGAGUUUAUGGGUAGCCGUAAAAGCUUUGAAAUGCUUAAGCGCAUUUCUGGGGAUAACAGUAGCAACAUGUAUGAGUUGGUGAUCAGAGCCUGAAGCCAAUAUAGAUUAGAUGACUGAAUCACUCUGGUUUCGACAUUGGCAUUUAUGAGGAAGUUCUAAAUAAAAGAUUUCUUUUUUUGCGAGGUCUAAACAAAAGAUUCUAAAAUAAUUUCCACAUUAGUUGCCAUCAAUUGCGCCACAUAGUGCAUGCUAUAUGUAAGACAGAAUUUGUUGUGCUCUAAACAGAAGUCCAAAAUCCAAUCAUCAAGUGUGGCUAAGGGUGGACCCGGUACCAGUCCCG